AAUGAGCACUGCAUUGCUUGAGGCACCCACUUGCCUGUGCGUCCAACUGGAACGCCAUGUUCAUGAUGUCACAGGCCAAGCCAUGAUGAGUGAAUGCAAGAUCAAUUUGGACACCAUUUGCCUUGUCCCAGUCUUCACACAACAGACCAUGGCUUGGGAAAAUGUUGAAUACCAGAUUGCGGCCCUCAUGACACAUUUGGGCACUGAUGGUGCUGGCCACUACCGCUCAGCACUGCGGACCAGACCAUCUCUGGUCAAUGCCACGACACCAGCGGAAUGGCUCUUGACGGAUGACUGGACAGCGCCGGUUACAGCCUGGCAGGCGCCACAAUGGAUGACCCGCCGUGCCAACAUGUUCUGGCUGAUUCGCACAGACUGCAUACAUCUCCUUCAAUACGUGAGACGCACGAUGCUGAGUGACACAGCAGAGAACCUUGGCACAGCCUGACCAACCAACCAAGUUGAAGUGCUCUUUUUGAAUUUUCUCCAGCCAGUACAAAAUGGCACCGAACAAUUUUUCCUGAGAGGCUUAGCAGCAGGAUGCCAGAAAGAUUCCCUGAGGAACCACUGUUGACACAACAGUGCUGGCCGGCACGAACCUUGAAGCAGAUGCAAAAAGGAGUGUGG